AUGCCCGUCCAACGUAUAACCUGCUUCAGGAUCACGGACGAGAACGACAUCCAAAGCAUGAUCGACCAAUACGAUGUAAUACGAGAAACCAAUCAAAAGCGUCUGUCAACUAAUCACGUUCUUUCGCGGGUGAAGGACGGCAAACCAUACAUCCUCUCCCUAUCAUCACACAAACCCGUCUCGGACCCCCGAAACUCCGGCUUCAACCUCAUCAGCACGACGAAAUUCGCCAGCAUGGACGACGUCAAGUACUAUGAUGAAAGCUGCGAAGCGCAUCAGAAGCUGAAGGAUUUCGCCAAGGGCAAGGUGGGAGGCCCGCCUAUGGUUUUGCAUCUGGAGGAGUAG